GGAUGACCUCCGAAUCUAUAAGCGGGGUAUCCCCAUGGAUGAUCACAGGCACAUUGUGCUCAUCCCGAACGUAGCUGUGAUCGAGCAAGUUUUUUCAAAAAGGGCCUUGAAGGAGCUGCAAGUUCUCCUCCCCCCGCCUGCCUAUUAUAGCCUCCGGGGCGCGGAUAACCUCUUCAUGAGACGUCCGGGAAUGGUGAUGGUACACAUGGACUCCCUGAAGGCCGGAGUGCGGUUCCCGUUACACCCGUUCUACUUGGAUUUUUUCGAGUUCUAUGGCGCGGUCCCGGCUCAAUUCAUGCCGAAUUCCUAUCGCCAGAUCUCGGCAUUCCUUGUCCUCUGUAAAUCAUUGGGGCUUGCCUUCUCCCUGGAGCUGUUCCACUACUUUUUCCAAGUCACCCCUCAGAAUGCUGAUGGAUUCCUAAGCGUGGCCGCUCGUCCUACAAGAAAAUUGUUCGAAGGGGCUCCCUCUUCUAUCCAUGACUGGAAGACUUGUUAUUUCUUCAUCUGUUAUGCGAACGAUCGGCUCCCCGUACGGUGGAACGGAUACCCUCCGAAGGCCCCGACGCCGAAACUGACCCCAGUACUGCAGGAAGCCGUGGACAAGCUGAGGCUGGGCGGCGUUAGGAGAUUAAAAGGCCUCCUGACUAUUGAGGCACUCUCCAACGCUAGGAUAGGUACCGCCCGUGAUCCUUGGAGCCUUCUCUAGUGUUCAUCUUGUGGGCCCGGGCGGUCUGUUCCCUGAGGAGAGUGCCUUUGUGAUUCGCACCGCCCGGUACUAAUGCUAUUUUUUCCUCUUUUCAGGUCCUCCCCCUACUCAAGAUCAGAUGGAUAGCGCGGCUAUAGCACGUCGACGUGAGGCAAAGGCUGCCAAAGAACGGGAGACGCUAGCCAACGCCCGCGCAGCUGCUCUGUUCUCUGGGGCCACUUCUUCGGCCACUUCCCAGGCUAGCCAGCGGGUUGCCGAUGCAGAGCGGCUUCUGGUUGCUGAGGUGACCGGGCAAAACUCCGGGGCCCCUCCUCAAGAUAACCGGGUUCUGAACGUGAACCCGGUCGGCGUUGCUAUCCCUGCUGGCGGGGAUAAGGAUAAGGGGAAAAAGACGAAGAGGCCACGUCUUGAGUUCUCCGUCUCCAAGCCUACAAGCGUCGCGAUUCCCUCCGCCGUUCGUCCCAUUUCCGAGGUUUGGAAGGACAUGGCCCUCCAGGCCGGGUUGGAGCUUUCAGGUCGUUCCUCGGGCGACUCUAUUGACAAUGCCCUGCUCCUGAGCCUUGAGGCCGGGCUGAGCUUACUGCAGGCCAAGUCUGCUCAGGGGAAGGAUCUCGCCGAGCUUAGGAAGAAAGCUGAUGCGGCCCUCCCAAGAAGUCUCGUCACGGGGAAGGGUCCGCCAAGGCCGUGGUGAUCCUUGAUGGGUCUGAUACUGAGGCCGCCUCUCCUCCUAAGCCUCUCCCCAAGCCCCCGCUUGACCAGGGUUCGAGCGACCCUCCUCCGUUCGGUUCUGAGGGCUCAUUUUCUGAUAUCAUUGAGUUCUCCGGGUUGGGCCCCCGUGCGGAGUCGAAGAGGCUGUUUGGGCAGACGGCCUCUUCGAUUUGGUGUUCCCUGGGGUUGAAACUCCCUCGGGAUUUUGCUGCUCGUGAUAGCGCAGUGGACCUCCAUGAGUGCGGCCUUAGCACGCUCAACAAGGCCGCCAUCUAUUUUUGCAAGGCGCGGUUUGCCUAUGAAGCUCAGGAGCGUGCUUCCGCCCAAGUGCGUUGUGAAGCCGAUGAUCUGGUGAAAAAGGCCAAGGAGCGCCUGCAUCAGAUGCAGCAGGAUCUGAACGCUGCCCUGGGGCUUGCUAAGGGAAGCACGUCACUUCAGGAGACGGUGAGGAAACAAGCCGAGGAGCUGCAGCUGCUUCGUGCCAAGGUGGCUGCCGUGGAGAAGUCCGACGUGCAGCUCCGCCAGGUUGGUACGGAUGGGGCCGUUCCUGUUUUCGAGGCUGAUGUUUCCAAGAUCAAGGAGGCUGGCUCUAUUGAGUUCCAGAAGUCCCGUGCCUAUGUCGAUGCCGUGAAUGUCCGUGUAAAGGAGCACCUUGCCCAGAGUUUCGGGGAGUUUUUGGCUAAGAGUGCUGACCCGCUGAAGGACGGCAUCGGGUUGAUAUCGGGAACCUCCGCCGGUCAGGAGUUCCUUGCAGAGCUUGCUGACGAUGCCUUCGCCAAAGGUAUGAUCGGCCUUUUGGCCGGAAACCUCCCGGCCCUCCAGCGUGAUCUUCCCAUGCCGUUUGAUCCUGAGGCCGCUGGUUUCAAUGCCUCGUUUGUUGAGGCUUACGGGGAGGCUUUGAAGGGCUAGUGCCAGGUCGCGGACGGCCCACCAUGGCUGGGUGAGUUUGUCAAAUUCUGCAUUCCGGCCGUACUUCCUUUCUGGCCGGCCGUCCUUCCCAAGGCGGCUAAUGUUUUUAAGAUGGCUUACUUCGGCCCUCACGCCUCUGGGUUCAUAGAAAGCUCUUGCAGUCUCAUCUAUAUUCAAGGAUAGCUCCCGGGGGCGCGAUGGUUCCGAUUAUUUUGUACUCUUGAUUUCACUCCGAACUCGUGUUUGUUGUACUUCCCGGUAGAGCCGAUGAAUAAAGU